AUGAGUAUUCGGUCACUGGAUAGUCGUUUGGAAGUUUUGCGAAAUGGACAAGAUAUUGGUAAUAAAAGUCUUCUGUACAGCGCUGGAUCUGUACAGCAACCACAACCGCAGUUACCCAAUGCUGAUGUGGAUAAUGAAUCUAACAAAUCGGAUUCAUGGGUGGAAUUGGCUAGUCCAUCGUCACGUGCAUCCAUGGUUAGUAUGAAUGGCGGUGAUAAUGGUAGUGUGAUAAUGGUAGAUAGUGACGGAGUGGUUAUGGGCAUUGAUAAUACGACUGUCGUUGUUGGUGGAGGCAGUGGUAGUCCUUUCAGCCGACUAAGUCCGAUUAGUGGUUGCAGUGCUCCAAUUGAAUUGGUUGUCGAUGCUGGACAAGUUCAUGGCGGUGAUACAAUGGCGGUUCAUUAUUAUGCUCGCCAUGGACCAGGACGUUGCACUGUUCCGACUACUGGAAUAAAUGGAUUGGGUCAAGGGACGAAGAGAACAGUUGAAUGGUUAGAAGAUUACAACAGUCGACCGGAGGUGCAGAGAGGUGGUCCUCAAAUUCCAUCACCGGUAGAAACAGAAAUGUCGACUCCACCAAAUAGUCUUGUUCAUGGAUUAGACGUCGGAGAGCUCACUCAGAGCAGCUGCUGUGAAGAUGAAGAUGAGGAAUUAAGCGUUGAGGAUGAUGGUGCUUACAUGUGCAGAUGCCGAAAGGUCGACUAUAUUGGAAAAGAAGUUUGUAAAAAAGGACGUUGGACCUUUAGUGGAUUGCUGGGCAUAAAUGGUUGUAAUGGACGUCGUGCACUGGUGCUUUAUCUAGUGACAAAUUUGGUUACACUCGCGAUCGGUUUUGCAGUUGGAUUGACAGUUGGUCGGAAAUUGUCAAUGCUGUCGCAUUUCAGACAUCGCUACAUACUUAGUUUUAGUUAA